GACAGGAGCAGCAUGAAAAGAGAGAACGUGACCACUGUGUCUGAAUUCCUCCUUCAGGGGCUCCCCAUACCCCCAGAACAACAGGGCUUAUUCUUCACUCUCUUCCUGGUCAUGUACCUGGCCACGGUGGUAGGGAACCUUCUCAUCAUCCUGCUCAUUCGGAUGGACACUCGCCUUCACACGCCCAUGUACUUCUUCCUCAGUGCCUUGGCUUUCACUGAUGUGUCUUUCUCAUCGGUCACUGUGCCCAAAAUGUUGGUGGACAUGCAGAGUAAUCACAAGUUUAUCCCCUACGCAGGAUGUGUUUCACAGAUGUAUUUUUUCAUAUGGUUUGGUUGUCUGGACAAUUUCCUACUUGCAGUGAUGGCUUAUGACAGGUAUGUGGCCAUCUGUCAGCCACUCCACUACACCACCAUCAUGAGGCAGGAGCGAUGUAUCUCAUUAGUAACUGUAUCCUGGCUAUUAUGUUGCUUCCAUUCUCUGUUGCACACCCUUCUCUUGGCCCAAGUGUCCUUCUGUGGUAACAUUGCCAUUCCCCACUUCUUCUGUGAUCUCACAGCACUCCUGAAGAUGAGCUGUUCUGACAUCUCACUCAAUGAACUUGUCAUCUUCGUUGAGGGAGGAUUGAUUGUUUCCCUGCCUUUCUUCAGUAUCAUGGCCUCUUAUAUUCGUAUAUGGGCCACUGUUCUGAGGAAUCCCUCCCGUAAGAAAUUCUUCAAAGUCCUUUCUACCUGUGGUUCCCAUCUCCUAGUGGUAGCUUUAUACUAUGGAACAAUUGCAGAAGUGUACUUUUUCUCCUCUUCAUCUGUCUCCAGUAAUAAAGAAAUAGCUGCUUCUGUGAUGUAUAUGAUAGUCACCCCCAUGCUGAACCCUUUCAUCUACAGUUUGAGAAACAGAGAUAUGAAACAUGCUCUGAAAUUGUUAGUCAAUAGGAUGAAGUUCUGCAAGUCAGAUAACUUAAUAUGA